CACUUUUCCAUUUUGACUUCUGCACCUAUUAACAGUAUAGUUGAAGCUUUCACAGUUUAAGCAUUUAUAACAUUCUCGAAACUCCAACCUUUUCUACACCACUGCAAUGCAUGCUAAACCUUCAAUGCACAAAACCACCUUUUUUUCAGAUCAUCACUUCCCAACACAUAUCUAAAAAAUCCUUCUCUCUCUCUGAAAAAAACUCAUUGCUGAACAAGACUUGAAAGAAGUAGAAAAAAACAUGAAGCAUUCAACUUAUUUCUUGACUUUUUCUGUUCUGGUUAUGGUGUUCAAUGUGGUUAAAGGACAACCUCUUGUCCCUGCAUUGUUCAUAUUUGGUGAUUCUGUUGUUGAUGCAGGAAAUAAUAACAACUUGUACACAUUUAUUAAGUCAAAUUUUCCUCCUUAUGGAAGAGACUUCAAGAAUCACAUGCCAACAGGAAGGUUUUGUAAUGGAAAACUUGCAACAGAUUUUACAGCUGAAAAUCUCGGAUUUACAACUUAUCCACCAGCUUACCUCAACUUACAGGUUAAAGGACAAAACCUCUUGAAUGGUGCAAACUUUGCAUCUGGUGCUUCUGGCUUCUAUGGUCCUACAGCCAAACUAUAUCGCGCAAUUCCAUUGGACCAACAACUGGAACACUAUAAAGAAUGCCAGAAUAUAUUGGUGGGAGUAACAGGACAAUCAAAUGCUUCAACGAUUAUAUCUGAUGCUAUAUAUCUUGUUAGUGCUGGUAGCAGUGACUUUGUUCAAAACUAUUACAUAAAUCCUUUACUUUACAAGGUUUACACUGCUGAUCAAUUCUCAGAUAUUGUUAUGCAAGAUUAUAUCGUUUUCAUUCAGAAUUUAUAUGCACUUGGAGCAAGGAAAAUUGGUGUAACAACAUUACCUCCAUUGGGUUGUCUGCCGACCGCCAUCACUCUCUUUGGCUCUCGUAGCAAUGAGUGUGUGGAGAGGCUAAACACUGAUGCUGUUAACUUCAACAAUAAGCUAAACAUCACAUCUCAGAACUUGCAAAUAUCACUUAGUAACCUUACAUUGGCUGUCCUUGAUAUCUACCAACCUCUCCAUAACCUUGUCACUAAGCCUGCAGAAAAUGGAUUUUUCGAAGCAAGGAAGGCUUGUUGUGGAUCUGGUUUGAUAGAGACGUCUAUAUUGUGCAACAAGGACUCCAUAGGAACAUGUGCAAAUGCUUCUGAAUAUGUGUUUUGGGACAGUUUUCAUCCAUCUGAGGCUGCAAACAAGGUUUUGGCUGAUGGUUUGCUGCUUUCUGGCAUCUCCCUCAUAUCCUAAUCCAACAUGUUUUGGGUUAUUAUCAGCUCUGUCUAUUAUGAUUACUAUCAUUAUUUAGCUUUCAAGUGGUGUGUGUGUGUGGUUGCUGCUGUUAAAUGAGUUUGGCUUAUGUAUAAGGAGUUUGAAUAUGAUUAAUUAUAAAGCUCACUAGGUGUUUCAUUGUUGUAAUAAGACCAUAGUUUUUGAGAGCUUUGUGUAAAUUUUCUGUUUGAGUGUUCAAA